AUGUUAUUAAGAGAUCAUCUGGCCAACAUCAUUUUCUCGUCCUGUCGCCAACUCUUCCAAUGUCGAGACACACUAGAAUCUGAACUAUGUGCGGUCAUGGAGGGUUUAUCAAUUUCAAUCCAGAGAUCGGACUUGCCAAUACACAUGGAGAUGGAUUCACUGUCAGCGGUUAACUUGGUGAAUGGAAUAGGAACAGAUAGGUCUGUUUAUGCUUUGUUGGUUGCAGAGAUCAAACAUUUGAUGUCUCUUCGUCGGACUUGUGUUACUCAUAUUGGUCGAAGUCAAAAUGUGGCUAGUGAUUUUUUAGUAAAAUCUGCUAGAACUGAACAUAGAACCGUAGUCUGGAUGGAUUCAGGCCCCCCAGAAGUCGUUGAUUUUUGUAAGGAGGACUGUAUGAUGAGCCAUGAGUAA